AUGCACCGGGAAUCAGUCGUGCCAUCGACGCCGCGGGAGGACAUCUCCCAACUGAACGUGAGCAGCUAUCGCAGUCUGAUCUCGCUUGCUGGCCAGGAACCCAUGCUGGACUCGGGGACUAUCUGGGAGAACCUGGUCCUGGGUUCGCGGGACAAUGUCUUCGAGGAGGAGAUUAUUCAGGCUUGUAAGGCGGCCAAUAUCUACGAUCUCAUCCUUUCACUCCCGCAGGGAUUUGACACCGAGACAGGCUCGCGAGGAAUGAUGCUGAGUGGAGGACAGAGACAGCGCAUAGCGAUUGCGCGGGCGCUUCUCCGCAACACCAAAAUCCUCCUCGACGAGGCGACGGCGGCUCUGGAUUCCGGGUCCGAAGAACUCGUGCAGGAAGCGUUGAAGAAAGCCGCCAGGACGAGAACAACCAUUGCCGUGGCCCACUGA